UGGUAAGGAACCUUCAUUGUCCUUCCUUUUUAAUACGCACUGACAAAGUGUUUUAGGACUUUUUUUUUGGUUGCGAAAAAAAAAAAAAAAAAAUGACCCUUAAAAAAUAAUUAUUUUUUCUUUUCUCCACACUGAAUAACCCAUCUCGUGUAUAAAGAUGGAAGAGGAAUACGAAAGUGUAUUGUUAAUUAUUCGUGAAUGUUUUGUGUACAAGAUUCCUCCUAGAACAGCAGCUCGAGGUUACAGAGCCUCUGAAUGGGGAGAUCUUGGUAGUUCUUUUUUAUGGAAAGGUAGAUUACGUAUUAUUAGCAAAGGAAAGACGUGUGAAAUUCGUAUGGAAGACAACAGCACAGGUGAGAUCUUUGCUGUGUGUCCUUAUGAGAUCCAAGGUAAUUCAGUAGAGGCAGUGUUAGAUUCCAGUCGAUACUUUGUACUCAAGAUUGAAAGUGAUGGACGACAUGCUUUUGUUGGUAUGGGAUUUCAGGAACGAACGGAUGCAUUUGACUUUAAUGUCGCACUACAGGAUUUUGUCAAACAAUUGCGUGCCGAAAAAGAGGCAGUGAAUCGUGCAGCUCAUGCAGAUACGACACCUAAAAAGGAUUAUAGCUUGAAAGAGGGACAGACCAUUAACAUCACCAUUGGCAAUGUCGGAGCGAAAAGAACAAGACAAAAACCAGUGAAUAAUGGAGGUGGAGGACUUGUACCAUUAUUACCACCUCCUCCUUCUGCUUCUCAAGUCAAGCAACAACAGCAACAACAAAGACAACAACAAUCCUUUUUUUAAAAUAAAAAAAAAAGGAAUUUACCCGGAAAACCCUGAAAAAUAAAAAAGAUCGUCACCCCCCAAUUUUUUUUUAAUUUUUACAGUUUUCUAAAAAGGGUAAAAAAGAACGAUGGUGACACUAGAAAAAAAAAAAGACCAAUAAGGGACAAAGUUUUAACUUUUGUAGGGUUUCCUUGGGAAACUCUUCUUUUUACAAAAAAAGAAAAAGUUGGAACACUUGGGGAGGGGGAAAUUAUUUAUAGCUCUAUUUUUUUAUGAAUUAGGGAUAUAAAAAGUUUUUUCAUGCGAUCUGUAAAUUGGAUAAAAAAAAACCAAAAAUUUGUAACCCAAUAAAUUGGGAAAAAAAAAACAUUGACUAUCC